AUGAAAUUGUUCGAACAGUUUUUACUUCUUCCAAAACAAGGUUUAGCAUUUCGACGAAAUCUAGAAAAUGAUGAUUCUCAAAAUAAAGAUGAAACAGCUGAUAAUCAAUUUCAUGUUUAUGAACGCUUUAUUGGCUUUGAACGUGCAUCAAGUACAACCGGUAAUGCUUUAAUACAAUGUUUUGAUGAUGUCAGUGCAAUACGUGGUUCUUAUAAAAGUAUUGCUUCUCGCUUAAAACAGAUAGUAUCAACUGCUAUCUAUAUUCACUGUAACGGUCAUGUACUAAAUCUAUGCUUAGUUGAUGUAGCACAGGCUGUUGUACCUGUUCGAAAUAAUUUUGGUAUUGUAGAAUCUCUUUUUAGUUUCAUUGAAGGAUCAACUAAACGUCAUAAAGGUUUCGGAGAUAUCCAAAAGCAAGAAAGUUUAGCAUCUACACUAUCAAAACAAUUAUGUGAUACACGUUGGACAUGUCAUUUUCAAUCAUUAAAACCAUCUUGA